GUCCAACCCCCCACACUCCAGUGUGUCAGCAGCGGAGGCUGGCAGACGGACGAACUCGAUCUCCACUCCGCCGCCACACCCAAUCCCAAUUCCAGGCGCCCCCGCCCAAUCCCGAUCCAGGAGAGAAGGGCGGGGGGAGAUCGCGGCGGCGCGGCUCGAUCUGCCUGGCUCCCGCUCCGGCUCCGGUUACCCCUCCCCCAGCCAGCUCGGGUUUUCCGGUCAGCAACGUGUUUCUGAGAGAUGACUCGGGCUAAGAGCGAGAGCGGCCGGGAGAUGCCUGGUCCGGACCAGGCUGACUUGGCAUCCCGCGAUGAUGAUAGCGCGAGGGAGUCACCACGUAGGAGAGCUGGACCACAACUGAAGAAAGGCCCUUGGACACCGGCCGAGGAUGCCAUCUUGGAGGCGUAUGUUAAGAAGCAUGGUGUGCAGAACUGGAAUGUGGUGCAGAAGGACACCGGGCUGUUAAGGUGCGGCAAGAGCUGCCGUCUCCGCUGGGCAAACCACCUGAGGCCCGACCUAAAGAAGGGCACUUUCACCAAAGAGGAGGAGAACCUAAUCAUUAAGCUCCACUCCAAAAUGGGGAAUAAGUGGGCUCGAAUGGCUGCUCGUUUGCCAGGGCGCACUGAUAAUGAAAUAAAAAACUACUGGAACACUCGAAUAAAGAAAUGCCAGCGCACCUCUACGCCUAUAUAUCCUGCUGAAAUAUGCCUGCAGGCUUCAAAUGAAGAGCAGCAUGAGUCCACUGACUUCAGUUUUAGCGAGAAGCUGGCCAAUGAUCUCCUCCAUGGAAAUGGUUUAUAUGAUCCCAGUUCCACGUGGGGCGAUUUCAUUGAUGACCAAGAAGCUCUGUCUUAUGCGCCCCAGCUUCCAGAUGUUUCUUUGAGCAAUUUACCUGGUCUGUACUUCGAGUCAAAAAACUAUGGCUUCAUGGAUCAAGUAAACCAAGCAGAAAUUCUGAAAGAAUCUGAGAUUUCAUUUCCUUGGUUGAACGCGGCCAUUAAUGGUACCUUCGAUGGCAGCCAUGCCUUUUCAAAUGGCAACUUCUCUACUUCUAGGCCCAUGACUGGUUCCUGGAAGAUGGAGCUCCCUUCAUUCCAAUUUGCUGGAUCUGAUCCAAACAACUGGUCCACAUACUCAAGGACCUGUGCCGCGCAGGGUGCCAACUUUGGUGAUCCCUGCAUGCGCUCGUCAGCGGCAAUGGCAUCAGCUAAGUUUGAGCACAUGUGCAUGAUACCAGGGAACAGCGGUCAGUUGGAAGAGCCGCUUCCAGAAGCUCAUGCAGUAAGCUCUGCAGAGAACCAGCAGCUGUCCGUGGGGAGUUCGAGUGCCUCUACUGGCUCACCCUGCGAUGCUAUGGUGGAAACAUCAGAGCUUCAUUUCUUGGAACGAGAUCCAAACCUGUACGCUCUUGUCAACAGCUGUUCGCCCGCCUCGCCUCUUUGCCAAGCAUCGCCUGAUGAGUUACCGUGCUCCGAUUUUUCAUCUGCAGCGAGCCCUGUGUUUGUAUCAGAUGAACCAACAAUCCCCGAAUACGACAAAGGAUUUCUCUUGCCUCAUCCUGAAGAUUCCAGGGCAGACGCGUUCUCCCAUUGGAACGCGAUGCCACCCAUCUUCCAGUGAUGCGAUUCGAACGGGUCUACAGUGGUGCAGUACCGGCCGAGCCACCUGUGAGCUAUGCAAUUGUUGGACUUGCAUUUGACUGACACGCUGUUCUUCCUGGUCCAGGCAGGUAUCCGUGAGCGAGCGACAUCCCUUCGAACCAGACGAAGUCUCCAACUGGCCUCCAAUAAAGCUGUAGAAGAGUUAGUUCUUUGCUCCAUUAUCCUGAGUAAAAUUCCCUCGUGCUCGACCAACCUGCAUGAUGCACUCACUUCGGCCGUCCUUGAAAAUGCCCACCCAACUAUGUAAAGGGGUUCAUUGUCGUCCAAACAUGCGCCAAACUGCCACAUUGCUGCCCACCUGGCAUCUUCUGGGAGAGAGGGAGGAAGGAGAGCACCUGGUAGGAUGCCACAUGGGCGGAAACUGGUAGCUUUGACUCUUUCUCCAUCUCCUCCAGCAGGAUGUCAGUGAGCAGCGUCGCUCUGGACCGUAUUGAUCCUCUUGUUUGAAUGAGUUGGAUGGACUUCUUCAACAAAGUGAGCGCUUGGCGCAUGUCGACUGACUGCGAGUGGUUUCACUCCCAUUUUUCUUAAUCACCAAAACUUUGGCACCUCCGUCGCCUGCCUGUACCUGUAACACUGGUGUGUACGCUUGAACAUUCCUUGGUUAUUCUAUUCCACGUAGCACGGCUGUACACGUUGCCAGCA